GUCCCAGAGGAAGCUUCGGAAUAAAUUGUAAAUUACAAUGCAUGCCAGGUUACUACGGAGAUCUUUGCAGGCUUCCCUGUGAAUGUUAUGCUCACCAGUGUGACCCAGAGUCUGGAUGUAAAGGGACUAUCUCUCCAACACAGGAAGAACACAAUAAUACUAGCACAUGGACGUUGGUUAUCGUUUUCAUCAUUGGUUCAGUAGCAACACUCCUCAUCAGCUGCAUAUGCCCGUACUUGUGGAUCUCAAAACGGUGUACACCACGUUUGCGAUAUCCCAAUACCAACCCAACAGAUUUGGAUGACACACUUACGGUCCAAGUCGUAAAUACAUGUAAGCAGUCUCCCGACCAUGCCGAAAUCUGCGACACUUUAAACAGUUCUCUCAGUCAGUCCAAGGAUGGUGAAUUCACUACAACCGAAAGUGAUGUAAUGUGCAAACAUGAAAUAGAAUAUGUAGAAAAAGAGGAGAAGUAUGGUGGAUUACCUGAAGAUGGCGAGUAUAACAGAUUGCAGUUGAAAACGAAUAUAAGUCUCAAAAGACAAUAUAUACGGAGGAAAGAUAAAGACAGUGAAAAAUUUUUGGCACUGAAGAGGGUAGAAUUCAGUGGGGUUAACACAGAGGAUCAAUUCUAUUCCAUACCUCAGAUGUCACAAAAUGAAAACAAAUGGGCAAAUCCAUCUCAAAUUGAUUCUCUGUGUACUUCAGAAUAUGACGUUUUGAGUAUUGAUAAUAUUUCUCCAAAAACUUUUCCAAAUUUUAAGGAGAUGCCGUCUAUUUCUGUUGAGAAUGAAUUAAAAGGCACCCCGGUAAUUGUCGGUGAACCGCAAUAUAGUCUCGUUAAGUUAUGUAAUAUUGAAGAUGACAGAAACAAGAGUGCAGAGUCACAAACUACACAUUUGUGAGAUUAUCUAACAGUUUGUUCAUUAUUUUUAUUCAGACAUGUAAUAAGAAUAUGAUGUGGUUUCAAUGCAAAUAUGGUUCUGUAUUUCUUUUAUUUAUUAUUUAUGAAAUUGGUGUUAUUAAUUAAAAACUAAUCUUCCUCAGCUGUUUAAACUCUGUGUAGUGAUCGAAGCCAUGCAAAUCAGUUUACGUAUAAGGCUACAACGUACGUCGUAUUUCUACAAUGGUCCUCCUUUAUGCCAACAUAUUCACGACUAUAUCAUUCACAUUUUCAUU